AUGCAAAAACAGUUAGUGAUCGUUUCUAUUGCAGUCCCUUUCGAAGUUGUGAAAUCGGAUCUCGAACUCUUUUCCAAGCCCCAGUCAAAUCCACAUCUUCCUAGCUUGGAUCCACUUGUAUCGCUACGAGUAACCAAUGCAUACGACGAAAAAAAAGUGAAAAUUCCACAUUCAAAACUGUCCAGGAUCAAAGCCCAUAAGCUGCUGGGUGAUAUUGGAAAAACACGUUCUGCCAAUGAUAUUUUUUAUGAUAAGUACAAGAAACGAUUACGAAGCCCAUCACCACGUGACAGUUUGGCAACCACAAGGUCGACAUGCAUUUCUAUAGCACGCAGCUUCCGCUUCAUUCUUACAGCCGACAAGUUUUCUAUGAUCGCCAUACGCGGCGGCAAUUCAUAUGACGAUUAUCUUGCUGGUAACCUCGUACCGCUCUUCAUAUCGAUGUCAGUGAUGACGAGAACUGAGCUUCACCUGGGGCCGGAACGGGUGAUGCCGUUCAUACCGCUUACAAAUCUUACUUCAGUUCAAUACUCACUAAAAGUAGCCUCUGUUACCCAAGAGCAAGAUCGUGACGAACCUUUACAACAGAACACUGCAUUCGGUGAUGGAAACGUCUAUACGUAUACGCUUUCGGACCGAUUAAUGACUGAACGAAAGCAAGCCAAUCUUAAUUUUACGUUUUUAUCAAUGGAAGUUGUUACAUCGUUCCGAGCGCUGCUCGCAUAG